CGUACCAUUUCCACGUUUAAAAAAAGUUUUAGCUUGUCAAUUUUGACAGUUGUCUUAAAAAAAAUUGUUCAACUCAAAAUAAUUCGUAAAGUGAAAAGAUAAGAUUUAAAAUAAAUUAUGACUGAAUCAGCGGGUAAUUGGUGUUUGAUUGAAAGCGAUCCAGGUGUUUUCACCGAAUUAAUAAAAGAAUUCGGUGUUAAAGGAGUCCAGGUGGAAGAAUUAUGGAGUUUAGAUGGCGAACAAUUUGAAAAUAUCAAGCCUAUAUUAGGUUUAAUAUUCUUGUUUAAAUGGGCUAAGGACGACGAACCGAGUGGAUCGAUUGUUCAAGAUAAUAGAUUACAGAAAAUAUUUUUUGCAAAACAAGUAAUUGAAAAUGCAUGUGCCACCCAAGCCAUUUUAAGUGUACUUUUAAAUACAAAUUAUAAAGAAAUGCAACUUGGCACAACUUUAUCAGAAUUAAAAGAAUUUUGUCAAAGUUUUGAUGCUACGAUGAAAGGUUUAACUAUAAGUAACAGCCCUGUAAUUAGAACUGUCCACAACUCGUUUGCCAGGCAACAAAUUUUUGAAUUCGAUCCCUUUGUAACUCCCAAAAAUGAAGAUGUUUUUCAUUUUGUUAGUUACAUUCCAAUUGAUGGUCGUUUAUAUGAAUUAGAUGGUCUUAAAUCUGGUCCUAUUGAUUUAGGCAGUAUAGCUGCUAACACGGAAUGGACAGAUGUUGUUAGACCGAUUAUUGAAAAACGUAUUCAAAAAUACAGUGAAGGUGAAAUUCAUUUUAAUUUAAUGGCGAUCGUUGCUGAUAGAAAAAUGAUUUAUACAAAACAAAUGGAAGACGUUCAAAGGCAAAUCGAAGAAAGCGGUAUGGAAACGGACGCUCAACAAGCGGAUAUAGCUAGGUUAAAAUAUUUAAUUGAAGAAGAAGACAGUAAAAUGCGCCGAUAUCAAAUUGAAAAUAUCCGCAGAAAACAUAAUUAUUUGCCCUUGAUAAUGGAACUAUUAAAAUUAUUGGCUAAAGAGGGAAAGUUGAUGUCCGUUUACGAAAAAGCCAAGGAACAAUCGAUCAAAAAACAAAAGCAAAAAGUCGCGAAAAGUUCUUCUUAGUUUUAAGGUUGGAGAAUAAAAUAAAUGCGUUUGUACAAUUUUUAAAUGUUUGUAGUAAUAAACAAACAUUUUAUUGUA